AUGCUGGUGUCUCGGAAGGUCGAGUGUUCAGAUGACAAGUUCAACAAGUGGAUCGAGCUGGGCGGCUGGGAGUUCUUCUCCGUGCUAACGAGCGGAGCGGCGCUCCUAUUGGACGCGGAGUGGAUGGUUCAGCAGGCAGAGUCUGGCGGGAUUCUGAAGCCGCGCCAGGCCUUGCCACCGGCCGCCUUCAAGUCGGAGUCUGGGGUCGUGGCUGGCACGCCUACCUGCUAUAUGCCCGAUCCCAAACUGCACGUAGUCUGUAUUUCACACUGCUGGCUGCAGGCGGACCAUCCGGACCCACGCGGGCACAACCUGCGCAUCUUGGCCAGGGCCUUGCGGCUGUUGGACGCAAACAUGUGGGGGCCUGGGCCCCGGCGCAUGGGCCCUUGGGCGGUGUUCAUGGACUUAUGCUGCAUACAUCAGAACUGCCGGGAUCGCAAGGGCGUUCCUCAGCAGCGCACGUAUCAGCGGCUGGAGGGAUCCGACAAAUUCGCGGACGGCGCGAUCGGCCGCUUCGACUCCGAGAAUGUCCUCUUUAAGGAGGCGUUGGGGAGCCUUGGGAGCUUCUACUCGCACCCCUGCACAUAUGUCUUCAUGCUGACCAAGUUCCCGGAAGACUAUCAGACUGCAGCCUACACCCACUCUGCGGAUACAGAGCAGUAUUUCAAUCGGGGAUGGUGUUACUGCGAGUCUUCAUGGGCAGUGUUGACAAAGCCUUCGGACCUGACCCUCAAUCUCGGACUGUCGACGGGGGACGAGAUUUCCUACAGGAAGUUGGUGGAGGUUUGCUCGGCGGAGCGGAAGCCACCCGUCUUCCCGGACGCAUUUGAAGUUGAGCUUCAGAGGAAAGCCUUUACGAACGGCAAGGACGAUCGCCCAAGGGUCGCUGAGCUCUACCGCGAUGCCUUCGCAAAGCGGCUCCAGUACUCACAGCGUCUCCUUUUCCGCAAUCUGCAAUGGGACGACGAGCAUAUGAAGCAGUUGGUCACCGCCCUCGCCGCCUCGGGUGCCGGGCCGAACCUGCAGCUGCUCGACCUCCGCGGCAACCGCGCGGGGGACGAGGGCGCGGCGCGCCUGGCCGAGGCGUUCCGGGCGCCCGGCGCCUUCCCGAAGCUCCGCGAGCUGAACCUCAGCGAGAACCAGCUCGGAGCCGCGGGCGCGGCGCACCUGGCAGAGGCGUUCCAGGCGUCGGGCACGCUGCCCGAGCUGGAGAGUCUGCACCUCGACGGGAAUCGGAUCGGGAAGGAGGGCGCGUGGCACCUGCAGAAGGCGCUGCGUGCGCCAGGGGCCGUGCCGAGGCUGAAGAGGCUGACGCUGAAGGACAACAGCAUCGGAAAACGCACGAAGAUCGAGCUGAAAGCCGUCCUGCGUCGACCAGGAAUGUGGGAAUUCAGUUGCCAAUUGGACGACUAG